UUGCGUUACGUUUGCAAGUUACAUAAAUAACUCUGCUAAAUUUCAUUCUGUUCGAUACUUCGAAACCAAUCCAAUCAUACCACCUCUGGAAUUUUCCUCUUUCUCUGUGUCAAUGGCGACUUCGCAAAUUAAGCAAACCCUAGGAGACAUGGACAAGGAGUCCUUUGUCUCCCUCCUCAGGAACCUAAUCGGUGAGUCUCGGUACGUGCAGAACAACCCACCAGAGUUGAUACCCGAAGAGGACAGAGUGGUCAAGCACGUCAUGAACUCCCUCCUCCCUUACAGCACCACCACCGGAGGAGGUCCUUUGAUUCUCAACCAUGUCGCUUAUUUCCCUAACAGGGGCAAUCUCAUUGUGGAGUACCCUGGCACUGUUCCUGGGAAAGUUCUCUCCUUUGUUGGGAUGCACAUGGAUGUUGUCACUGCAAAUCCUAAUGACUGGGAAUUUGAUCCAUUCUCACUGAGCAUUGAUGGGGAUAAACUUCGUGGCCGAGGAACUACUGAUUGUUUGGGCCAUGUUGCCCUUGUAACUGAACUUAUGAAGAGGCUUGGGGAGACAAAGCCAAAAUUGAAGUCAAGUGUGGUUGCGGUCUUUAUAGCAAGUGAAGAGAAUUCUUCCAUACCAGGGGUUGGUAUCGAUGCACUUGUUAGACAAGGUCUGCUAGAUAAGCUGAAGGGAGGGCCUUUAUUCUGGAUUGACACAGCUGAUAAGCAACCUUGCAUUGGUACUGGUGGCAUGAUACCUUGGAAACUUUAUGUGACAGGGAAGCUUUUUCACAGUGGUUUAGCGCACAAGGCCAUAAAUCCAUUGGAGUUGGGCAUGGACGCGUUAAAAGAGAUACAAUCCCGGUUUUACAGAGAUUUCCCUCCCCAUCCAAAGGAGCAAGUCUACGGAUUUGCAACCCCGUCAACUAUGAAACCAACUCAAUGGAGUUAUCCAGGAGGUGGGAUAAACCAAAUUCCUGGAGAGUGCACAAUCUCAGGAGACGUCAGGUUAACUCCCUUUUACAGCGUGACUGAUGUCAUUAAAAUUCUUAAAGAAUAUGUGGAUGACAUAAAUGAGAACAUAGAGAAGCUAGAAACAAGGGGUCCCGUUUCAAAAUACAUCCUACCAGAUGAAAAUCUGAGGGGAAGUCUUACAAUAACUUUUGAUGAGGCAAAUUCUGGAGUUGCUUGUGAUCUUGAUUCUCGUGGCUUUCAUGUCUUGUGUAAAGCUACUGAGGAGGUUGUUGGGCAUGUAAAGCCUUAUUCAAUAACUGGAAGUUUGCCACUCAUUCGCGAGUUGCAAGACGAAGGCUUUGAUGUUCAAACUGCAGGCUAUGGUUUAAUGGCCACAUACCAUGCCAAGAAUGAGUACUGCCUUCUUUCAGAUAUGUGUCAAGGCUACCAGAUUUUUGUCAGUAUCAUCGAUCAAUUAGAAGACUGACCUGACCGUCUGAAGAGGAUGUGUGCUAAUGAAACUAAACAAGUUCAUCUGAUUAUGACAUUUUCGAUAGUUGGAUAAGGGAAGAAAAAAAAACAAAAACAUCAUCUAAAUAAGGGGAGAUAGUGAUCUCCUUGUUUAUACAAUGAUCAAAAAUUCCAUAUUUUGAUUUGAUUUUUCCAUUUUAGCAGUUGUAGAAAACACUCAGGAAAGUUGUGGAUUGUUUAUCGUCUAUUAAUGGCGACAAGGGCUCGGUGGCCUUGUGACUUCUUGGAGACGUACCUGCAAUUUCGGCUUCUGAUU